AUGCCGAUUAAUCCAGACGACAUACUAGAAAAUGCGAAGCUUGCUCGGUGCCAGGAACUGAUGUGUGAGGAGGAUUUUGGGAAUCUGUCCUCGUCAAUGGAUGACAGCCAGGAUAGUUGCCGGCUUAAUUCUGCACUCAUGGAUGACCAUCAGUCAAGUGCAUCCACUUUCGAUUGCGUCAAUGGGUACUCAACCAAAGAUCCAGUUGAGGAUGUUAUCAAAUCGGCGAGAAGCUUUAUAAAAAGUGAUGCUUUCAAUACCAUAACGAAGGACAAGGUCACAGUUAAUUGGGAACGGGAAAAGAUGUUUAUUUUAUGCUCAAAAGAAAAACACCAUGCUCUGAUGUCCACAGAGGAUCAAGUUUUAGCUAGGGGACGAGUUUCUUCCAUGGAUCUAGUUUUAAUGGCUUCUAAGAAUUUCCCAUUAGCAGCUGUAUUCGAACAUGCUAUGAGAGAAACUGUUCAAGCGAGAAGGAACAUCAACUCAAGUCACUACGGUAUUUGCCCUGCUGUUCACGUUUGCCUUGCCUGGUUGUGUCAUGCGGCGCAGUGCCGAGUAAGCAGUGUCGUACCGGGAGGAGAAGUGUUUCCGCGCGCUGAAAGUUAUAUUCGUGAUCGCCUGGAGCAGGCAAACCUUCCUGAAGUAAGUGAAAAUGACAGGAUUGAACUGGCGAUUUUCCAGCUGUGUCGUGUCCUUGACGUCCUAUCAGUUUGCGAUUUGCGUUCACAAACACCAGUGGAUCGUUCGAUUCUCAUUUUUGCGAUUUGUCGCUUAGUUUUGGAUAGGAAUACUUGUUGUGGUCUGCAGUAUAGAGCGAGUUUAGCUAUUGAAAAUAUCCUCAAUGCCUCCGGCCUAACCAAACAUAUCACACUGGUCGAGUUUUCAAGUAUAUUUCCACUAAUUUCGGAUGAUCUCGUCAAUUUACAACUGUGCCACGAAAUUAUUAGGCUCUCGAACGUCGAUCCAACGUGUUGUCUAUCCUUGUUCAGUUCCACUCUUAUCCAUCUAUCUGAAAGAGCAGAAUGUGAACCCUCCGAUCUGGGCAAGAUGUCUAUGGAAGAGUUCGUGGAUGCCCAUCUUGUGGUAGUUAUCGAUGUCCUUGACGACACUCUGGAAUUAUUUGAAAAUGGGAUGAAUUCACAUCCGGAUGGUGCGCUGGUAUACCGGCUCCUACGAAAUUUGAGUGACCGUUAUGAAAUUCAGUCUCAUGGACAUAUUCCUGCGUUCGCCUCGCGAUACUUGUGA